UUUUCUUUUCUUUCUUUUCUUUUUUGUUGUCUUAGCGGGACGAGGUCAUAAUUAAAGCUAGACAUUGGCCAUUCUAAUAAAAAUUGGCUCAUUGCCCCGCUUAGCAUCUGUGUUGAUAGAGUGAAGUGUCGGCUUCAAACGCGUCUUCGUUGUUUGAAAAGGGAGCAAGAUAGAGGCUCUCAAUUUCUGCUGGGUCUUGCAAUGCUGACCAGAAAUAUUUCGAGCCUCCCACCGGUCGCGACGAAAGUUGGCAGGUGGGCUCUCAUAGUACUAAUUAUGGCAUGUAAAGGUUAGUCAGGUUUACUUAACACAUUGAUUAUUAGGAAUAUGAACCUGAAACCUCUCGACCUUUAUCAUUCACGACAUGUAUAUUCACUGUGGCAACACUAUUGAAAAAAAAAAAAAAAAAAAGUUUUUUAGCGGAUUUUUAUUUCUAGUAAAAAAUUAUUUUUCCUGGUUUAUGGACUCUUUUCACUUCCAGUAAAGCCGGAAUUAACCGGAAGUCACCGGAUUUGCCGCAAUUCGCCGGAACUUACCGUGUUUUUUUUUUUGGACGUCCACGGAAGGUUUUUUGGAAGCCUGUAAACCGUGGUGGUGUAUGUUUACCAGAUGCUGGGCGAUUCGGUAACAAUUAAAACGGUUAGUCCAUAGAGACCUGAAAGUUCCAUGUCUUUAUUUCGUAGAGUCGGUACCAGUGAAACAAUUUGCACAGCUCUAGACAAAAGCAAUCAGACCAAAUAGGAACAACCGAGUUCUUUGUCGCAAAAUAUAUCUUUCAAAGUACUCACAAUACCGCUGGCUGGGUCAAUUCCUAAAUGUACGGUAGUUCAACUAAUAAAAUCGAGCAGGUGCACCACACGGACACACUUGCACACUGUCAGUAGCACGCUUAGCGAAAACCACGAACGCGCGGAACGAACAUCCGCCGCCGUUGAGAAAUCACGGGCAGAGGCACGGCGUCUCCGGCGUCUUUUUCGCUCACUGGAUGCUUCUGAAGCCGGACGGACAAAGAGGCCUAAGGAACAGGUCACUCAAAGAUAUGUUAUUUUUAUCAGCACACCCAGCUGCUCUGGAAGAUACAGGUCGCACACAUGGAACAGAAAGCCGACACAGCCGGUCGUUGGAGCGACUGACCAUGCAGAGCCUUUGGUAGGGCUUGCCUGUUGGUACGGUUGCUGCAGCUCUAGUCGUUGGGAUUUUUGUCGUUGCUUCCGGAAUCCGUAGAUCAAGAGGCCUUCGCCGAUAAUUGUAAUUUCAAAUACGUGUUCUUUUUUUUUUCUGUUUAAGUCGGGAAGCACGCGAAAAGCACGUAGGAGUAUGCUCCUUGGUCUCCAUGGCAAAGUAUCCGAGUGGUGCUGACGGCCAUGAAACUAUCGCAUAGGAUUCCAUUGUAACGUACCUUAUUUUUUUUUUAGGUUUUGUAGGUUUCGUCGUACGCACGUUUUGCGUCAUAGCAGAAGCAAAAUAUACUUGGCAGACACUUUCUGCUUCUGCGCGUUAAAUGCCACGACCAAAGCAAAGCGGAGAAAAUACCUGGCCCCCGUCAAGUGAUACUGGUCUCCUACGUCACCAUCGAGUGAUCGCAGCUCCCCAAUCGGUCGCGUUCGGGGCUAAUAGUACGCUGCGGUAUGGUGUGUAAACAAGGCCGCACAGAAACGUUUCUUCGUUAAAUGACUACGGUCCCCUUUACUCGUCCCGGUUAGCUGACUUCUCACUCGCGUUCGAAAUUUAGCAGUCGUGCAAACUCGUCGUGCGAUGGAUUGAGAAGUGGUUUUUUGAAAACGCGGUUGAAUAACCGGAGAGUAUGCGUCACGAUCGUUUAUAGGGGCCCAAUGAUGUUUUCGAAACUCCUCAGCUAAAUGUAGACGCAGCCUGCGGCAAACAAACGAGUCGGUACAAGAGGGCAACAACACCGCGAGAUAUGAACCUCGUUCAGAUUCUCUAAUCUGGCCACUUCGCGAAAGUCGGCGAGGAAUCCGGCGGCAGUGAUUGGCCGGCGCCGCGCUUGACCUUGGCGCCAUCCAGUCACGGCGGCCGAAUUCCUCGCCGACUGUUUCCCAAGUGUCCAGAUUAGAGCCCGUUGUCGCUAUCGGUUGGCGGGAUAUCAAGGCUGCUUUGAGACUUCUCGUGAUCUGAGCAAUGUCGCUUCAUUGUUCUCGAUUCAAAGAACUUUAUCGUACCCCGCUCCUGCAGCUCGCCAGUACCACUCCUAUUGGCUUUGAAGACGGCGCACGCUCUGUCGUCUCCUUCGUGUUCCCCCUCCUUCUCCAAGGCCUUAGGCAGCGUACGCUCGAACGACGUCGCUCGCAGCACCCGACUCGGAACGUAAACAGCGAUGGAAGGUGACGCAGACCAGACCGAUGCGAAGGACUCGCCGUGGCUCUUAACCGACCUGUACGGUCGCUCCUGCCUCGAGGAGGUGGAGGAGCCCCUGCGCGGUCGGGUGACGGGCGUCUUCCCCUCCUGGCUCCGUGGCCGCCUUCUGCGGAACGGGCCGGGUCUCAACUUCGUCGGUCCGGACCGCUACCAGCACGCCUUCGACGGCCUGUCGCUGCUCCGGCAGUUCAGCGUGGACAGCGGGGAGGUCAGCUACCGGAACCGGUUCCUGCGCAGUCAGGCCUACGUGCGCAACCGGAAAGCCAACCGCAUCGUGGUGGCCGAGUUCGGAACGGCCGCUCAUCCGGACCCCUGUGCCGGCGUCUUUGAGAGGCUGGCCUCCGUGUUCACGCCCAGCAUGACCGACAACGCGUUGGUGAACGUGAUGCCGAUUGGAGACGAGUUCUACGCCAUGACGGAGACCCCCUACGUGCACAGAGUUGACCCCGCAACUCUGGAGACGCUGAGCCGCGAAGACUUGAGCAAGCUGGUUGCCGUCCAUAUCACCACGGCCCAUCCCCUCGUCGAUCCUGAGGACGGCUCCACCUUCAACGUCGGGACGCAGAUGGGGUCGCGUCCGGCCUUCGUUCUGAUUCGGUUCCCGCCUUCCAUCGAGUGCCCCGACGGGUCCACGUCGUUGCGUGAGGGAAAGGUGGUGGGCAGGAUCCCGAUGCUGUCCCGGUUCUUCCCGAGUUACAUCCACAGCUUCGCCAUGACCGAGAACUGGUUAGUCGUCCUGGAGCAGUCCCUCGUCGUCAGUAUUCUCAAGCUCUUCCUGGCGAAGGCGGUCGGUACGAGCUACGGGGACACCCUCUGGUUCGAUCCGAACAAGAAGACUAGAUUCCACGUGAUGGACAAGAGGACCGGCGAAUUGUUCCCUGUCGUCUUCGAGGCGGCUCCUUUCUUCACGUUUCACCAUGUGAAUGCCUACGAGCGGGACCGGGAGAUUGUCGUGGACCUCUGCGCGUUGGACGACGACGCGUUGAUCCGAAACUUGCGUUUUGCUCAUCCCAGACCUAAGAAGAACGACGGGUUAGCCAGUGUCCGCCGUUUUGUGCUGCCGCUGGAUCCGGCUGUCAAGUCUCCGGCACCUGUGGAAUCGCGCGUCUUGUCGGCAGAACUCGAUGGACUCGCGCUCCGCGCCGAGCUGCCCAGGAUCAACGACCGCUUCAUCGGGAAGCCUUAUCGGUUCGCGUACCUCGUCGGUCACUCGGACGGACUUGCGGAGGAGUGGUUUGUGUCCAAGUUGAACGUGGAGUCUGGGCGCUGGGCGCGCUGGAAAAGGCCCGGCUGGGUGCCUUCGGAGCCCGUGUUCGUCCCGCGGCCUGGCGCAACCGACGAGGACGACGGUGUCGUCGUCAUUUCGUUGCUGGACGCCGAGGACGAGAACAAGCUGUCGUUCGUGGCCUUGGACGGCCGGAGCUUUGAGGAAAUUGCCAGAGCCGAGUUCGAGACGCCCUCGGCGAACCCAGCCGAUUUUCAUGGCUGGUUUGUCCCGGAAUGAUAUGAUGGCGGUAUAGACGCUUUACACACGCGCCAGAUUGAGCCGCCAUAGCCGCCCUUCUCUUGUCUUACCGAAAUA